GAGCGUCGCGGGGCGGUGGUGUAAGAGCGGGAGUGCGCGCGGUGAGUGAGGGUCGCUGAGCUCGGUUUGAGGUGAUUCCCGCGAGACGCUGCACAGAGAGCCGGAGCCACAGGACCGCCGCCCCCUCCCGGCACCCAGCUAUCCGAGCGGGCCGCGCCCCGGGCCUCCAGAUUCUGCCAUGAUGAACGGUUCAAAUAUCGGGAACUCCACAUCCAACAACAAAUCCAAGGAAGAGCAAGUUGUAAAUGGACAUGACGAGAAUGAAAACAACCCCUUUGCUGAAUAUAUGUGGAUGGAAAAUGAAGAAGACUUCAAUAGACAGGUGGAAGAGGAGCUUCAAGAGCAGGAGUUUCUGGAUCGUUGCUUCCAGGAGAUGUUGGAUGAAGAAGACCAGGACUGGUUCAUCCCAUCCCGUGACUUGCCGCAGGGUGUGGGGCAGUUACAGCAGCAGUUAAAUGGUCUCACAGUCAAUGAAAACCAUAAUUCCGAAGACAUAUUGAGCAAAAGCAAUCUGAACCCUGAUGCCAAGGAAUUUGUUCCUGGGGUGAAGUACUGAACAUUACUGGCAACUUUUUAAAACAGACUGUUUCCUUAAAUCUUCAGGACAAAACUGCACAACAAAGUGGGAUUGUUCGGGGAGGUGGUCAAUAAUGAUGCUUUAACUCGGCACUGUGACUCGAGUAACUUUAUUGUGGGAUUAUGUUUUUUCUUCAGGCGUCUACGCGUUUCCCCAUUUUACAGCAUAUUUUGUUUGUAUGCUUGUUGGACUUCAAUUUUUUUUUUUUUAAUUUUAUUUUUACGGGGGUGCAAUUUUCAUCACAAAGACCAUGUGCUGUUGUAUUAAAAAAAAAAAAAAAAGGAACAAUAUGGAAGUUACCUAAAUAAAAUCAUGGUGGGUUUUUUUGUUUCCCAAAAAAACAAUUUCCCCAUUUUAAUUCUCAUCUAUUCAUCAUCCACCAUGAAAUACUGGAGACUGGUGUAGUCACUUUUGAUUUAAAGAUGUUGAAUUGGGUUACAUUGAUCAUCUAUGAACUUUAAUGCCACAAGGCAUCCAGAUAUACAGAUUGAGGUGUAGGUAUAUCGGUCUCCAGAGAGGAUAUUUUGUUUUUAAGUUUUAUGACUUGUCUGUUCUGAUUGCAGCUGUAGUGCAUUUAACGAUUUCCAAUGUUGGAUUUUUUUUUUUUUUUUUUUUGUGAAACAUAAUUCCACCAGCUUUUCUUUUAAUUGCUCUGAUACAAAAUAAAUAUAUUGCAUUGCUUGCUUGAGCAAUGCUGAUCCCAUAAACAAAACAAAAAAAACCUGUUUUGACCUAUUAUGCUGCAAUUUGUAAACCAUUUUGCUUUACAAUAGUAUUACGGUAAGCAUUAGACACUACAGAACGCAAGAGCUACACAUUCAGGCUGUUACAUGAAGCUUUAGGGAACGUUACAGGGGUUUGGUUUUUGUAACACCCACUAGAAAGGUCUUGAUUAUGCCAUUUUUCAGCAGAUACUUGUCUGAGCUUUUACUAUUAAACCAGGAUAGUGUUUAUUCAAUUGAGUGAGGGUGCUGGUUAUUUCAUAAACUCGAGCAGUGAUCUGCAUGUACCAGUCUAGUCUUUGAAUCUGUGAAAGCAGUGUUCCUGUGCAUUGAUGCCUCUACUCCUAGAGUUUGACCAGUCCUAACCGUACAUGACUCUCUCAUAUGAUGUCAAUUGAGGUAGUGCCAUUCUGAUAAUUGCAGCAAAACCGCCUGUAAAAGGGACUUUAAAAAAUAAGCGUUUUUUUUAAACUGCCUCAAGAAAUGUAUUUGUUUUUAUGAAAUUAUAUGAACAGCCACCGUAAGAGAACCUAAUAAAGCAGCCUGAUCAUU